GUUGUCAUCACUAACAUAGUGCUGUACAAAAUUAAAAAAAAUGGAUUGCAUUCUGGACGAGGAGCUGCUGGCAAACAUGAAGGAAAGUGACGAUGAAGAGGAUUCGGCGGAUGAAAAAAUGCAGUUAGCAAACGAAUCUCAAAUUUCUUCUCAAGACGAAGGCGCAGAUCCGUUACAGGAGGCACAGCCUACGUUGUGUUCCCAUUUUGAAUACGCAUUCCAGGACAGUGAUAUAAAGGCAAUGCAUGACGAAAUGAAUGAAACUCUCACAAAUAGCGAGAAUAAACAGAAAAGAGGUCGGGGACGGCCUUCAGGUCACAUCUCUGCUCGUGGUCACACAUGGAGCAAGGAGCGAGGUGAAGCUUUGGAAGAGUUUGAUUUACCCACCCAUGAAGCUUGCUGCAAAGGCCCCGCACGUACCAUAAGCAAUGCAGUGGAAUCCUGGAUGCUUUUAUUUGACGAGGACAUUUUACGUCUCCUUAUGCGCCAAAUAAAUGAUCAGAUACGGAAAAGAAAGAAUCGAACCCCUAAUCAACGUCUGGUAGACAUUAUAGAGACACGCUCUUGGCUAGGCUUAAGUUAUCUUUGUGGAAUCUUUCGAAAUUCCGAGUUUAAUGGACCUUUAGAUGAAUUGUGGACUUUGGAGUUAGGCAAUGCCAUUUUUAGGGCAACUAUGUCUCUAUCCAGGUUUGAAUUUCUCAAUGAAUGUCUCGCAUGUAUUAGUAAUUUAAACGAUCUCUGGCAGAAAUUUAUUAUUAAUUGUAGAUCCUACUAUGGAGCCAGCUCCUGGCUUACUGUAGAUCAGGUCAAUACGAAUUUAAGUCUUUGUUGCGAUGCCAAAACGUUGUAUAUGACAAAUUGUCACCAUAGUAGUGAGAAAAACAAAAAUAUAGAUAAUUUAAUUUGCGAUUUCAAAACCACAGGAAGAAAUAUAACUUUGGGUAAUGCCUAUGUCAAUAUCCAGGUAUGUGAACAUCUUCAUGGACAUAAUUUAAGCUCAUUGUGCAACCUAAGUUUGGACGCAAAUCCUUUAGAUUGGCCUAAAAAUUGGCAAGCAAAAUCAAAGCAAAUACUUUAUUGUAAAUCGGCAAUAUUAAUUCCAACCGAUCACGACGAAGAACAAGCGUUGCUGGUCUUUGGCUUAAGCUCUAAUAUCUCAUACGUUAAGACCUAUAAGAAAACGAUUAAAGCUUCUUGUCAAUUCUACGAUCUUUCCCAAAGGUACAGCACUUUAAGAUCAUCUCGCAGUGAAUUGCAAAAUCAAAUUUUGACUUCAUUUUAUCUCCUGCUUGACAUGGCAGCAGUAAAUUCUUGGAUCUUGUUGCGUCUCUCACCGAAAAAUUGUACUCCUCAAAUCGAACAAAGAGAUUUCCAUCGUCAACUGGGUUUGUUUCUCACCCAACAGCGUCUACAGCGACGCCUUCAACAUUGUUCCUCUGCCAAUAGCUCGCUGGUCAUGCGUUUGCAAAUUUGUGAAAUUCUAGGUCAAUCUAGUCGGCGCUUACUUAGUUACGAGGAGCAACAGUUACUGCAACCAAAGCAGAUUGUCUUAGAUAAAGAGAAGAUUAAAUUUCCCGAGGGACUAACUAUUAGUUCUCGUUAUGGUGAGAAGUUUCGCCGCUGCAAGCCCUGUUCCCGUAAUAAACGUGGGACCAAAUCGCGUUCCCGUUGCCAGCAGUGUUUAUCCCACCGUUGUGGUAAUCAUUUAAUUUCGAGAUGUUUUGACUGUAUGGGAGUGACGGAGGACAAGAUUACGCUUUAAGUCGGUUUUAUUUAAGUUUUAAAUAAAAAUAAUGAAUCUUUGUUGUAUUAA